CGGCAGUCCCGCUGCCCGCUCGGCGCGCAGCGGCCGGGCAUGGAGGAGCUGCCGCUGCCGCCGCCUCCGCCUCCGCCUCCGCUCAGCCCUCGCCCCGCGGCCUGAAGCGCGCCCGCAGUCAGUGGAUCCCGACGGGGAAGGGGGCCAUGGGCCGCCUCCCCGAGGCGCGGCGGCUGUGAGGCGCUGCUCGGAGGCUCGGGGAGCCCGGUGAGGGCUGCGGCCGGGAGGGCAGCGCCUCAGCGUCGGUGACUCGGAGCGGGCGGGCAGGGAGAGGAGGAGAGGAGAGGAGGGGACGAGGAGGGGGGGGGGGGGGAGCGGAGCGGAGCGGUGUGUGCCCGCUCCGCCGCCCGCGCCCGGCCGCGGCGGUGGAUGGAUGCGCCAUGGCCACGCUGGUGUGCCGGGUACAGCUGCUGGAUGACACCGACCCUUUCAACAGCACCAACUUCCCCGAGCCCACCCGGCCGCCGCUGUACACCUUCCGGGAAGACAUCCCCCUCGCCACCCAGCUGGCCGGGGUGCACCGUCUCCUCCGCGCCCCGCAGAAGCUUGAUGACUGCACCCUGCAAUUGUCUCACAAUGGUACCUAUCUGGAUCUCGAAUCCACCUUAGCAGAACAAAGAGAUGAAUUGGAAGGCUUCCAGGAGGAUGCUGGGAGGGGCAAGAAGCAUAGUAUAAUUCUGAGGACCCAGCUGUCGGUGAGAGUCCAUGCCUGCAUUGAAAAACUUUACAAUUCCAAUGGACGGGAGCUGAGACGGGCACUUUUCUCCUUGAAACAAAUAUUUCAGGAUGACAAGGACUUGGUUCAUGAGUUUGUUGUUGCUGAAGGUCUGACUUGCUUAAUCAAAGUGGGAGCAGAGGCCGACCAGAAUUAUCAGAACUACAUCCUGAGAGCUUUGGGCCAGAUAAUGCUCUAUGUCGAUGGCAUGAAUGGAGUAAUAAAUCAUAAUGAAACCAUCCAAUGGCUGUACACACUUAUUGGGUCAAAGUUCCGCCUGGUGGUAAAGACAGCACUGAAGCUGCUGCUGGUGUUUGUGGAGUAUACCGAAUCCAACGCCCCGCUUUUAAUCCAGGCAGUAUCUACCGUUGAUGAAAAGAGAGGAGCCAAGCCGUGGUCCAACAUCAUGGAGAUCCUGGAGGAGAAGGAUGGGGUUGAUACCGAGCUACUGGUUUACGCUAUGACCUUGGUUAACAAGACUCUGUCGGGGUUGCCAGAUCAAGACUCUUUCUACGACGUCGUGGACUGUCUGGAAGAGCUAGGCAUUGAAGCUAUUUCACAGAGACACUUGAACAAGAAAGGAACAGACUUGGACUUAGUUGAGCAAUUUAACAUUUAUGAGAUGACGCUGAGACAUGAGGAUGGAGACGAGAGCGCUGACCCCCCUCCCAGCGGGCGCAAGGACCGGCGGAGGGCCAGCCUUGGCACUAGUGAGCGAAGGGGCUUAGAACGCCGACGGAGCCGCAGGCACUCGGUACAGAACGUCAAAAGCACUUUAUCGGCCCCUGCGAGUCCCUGCAGCCAGUCGAAUCCUAGCUUCGUGCUAGGCCACGGGCAGCGCGUUGAAGAUCUCAGUGAGAGUGGGCUGGCAGCUGAGAGCCCCAUAGUCUUACAGGCUGAUGACAAGGAUGACAGUGCGUUUGAGGCUGAGUUUAAAGCAUCUUCAGUAGAGGAGGAAGAAUAUGAAGAGGAGGAAGAAGAACAGCCAGUCACAGAGCCCAAUACUGAGGAUGAGGGGGAGGAAGAGGCCAGUAGGCAGGUCAAAGCCAGUGGGGUCCCAGGUGCACGGGAGGCUGUGAAUGAAAACCUUUCACGGUGUUCUGAUUCUUCAACUGUCUGCAGUGCCAUUUCUCCAGCUGAGAGGCCUCUCUCCUGCUCUAAAGCAAAGAGCUCUUCUAGCAGCUCCUCUUCUGUGCCUGACUCAUCUGUCUCUCAUCAUAAUUCUGUCCUUUCAUCACCAUCUUCACCUGCGGCAGCAUUGCUAAGCUCUUCCCAAAAUUCAUCAGCAUCCAUUACUCCAAAGGCAUCUCCAACGGUGGAGAAAUUACCUUAUGUACCACAUACUCCUUUUCACCUCUUCUCGUACGACUUUGAAGAAUCUCCAGCAUCUGUGAAAGAAAAGGAAGCAGAACUGAUGAGGGAAAACAGAUACAAUAGCUAUGGUGGCAGCUCUUACUCUUCUCCGCGACCUUACUCUGGUGUGAGUGCCCCUACAACACCCACUUCUCGUUAUGGGACAACUCUCUCACCGCCUCAAGAGACCAAAUCUGACAGGCCAGCUUUGGGUGGUCUCCUUACAUCAUCUUUUCGGCAGCACCAGGAGUCCUUGGCAGCAGAAAGAGAAAGACGACGUCAGGAGAGAGAAGAAAGGUUGCAAAGGAUAGAACGUGAAGAAAGAAACAAAUUCAACCGAGAUUAUUUAGACAAAAGAGAAGAACUAAGACAAGCAAGAGAAGAGAGAUACAAAUACUUGGAGAGGUUGGCAGCGGAGGAGUAUGAGAAGGAGCUGAAGAGUCGGAGCGUAAGCCGAGGGAGAAGUGAGCUGUCCUUGAACCUGAGAUCUCCUUCGGCCCCAUCCUCACCUGUACCCAAGUGCAUCAGCCCAGCAUCCAUAGAGUCCCAGGAAGAGCUGAAGACCCCUUCCACCCCUUGUGGGACCCCUCAGCCCUCAGAAGUGAGUGCCAGUGAACCCGAACCAGAGACAGAGACAGAACCAGAACCAGAGCAGGAGGCUGAGGCCGAGCAGGGAACGGAGACACCCAAGGAAAUAGAGGCUGCAGAGGUGGGACCAGAGAGUGAGGUGGAGCAAGGACCAGAGAGAGAGCCAGAAGAAAGUGCGAUACUCAGUGAAAAAGAGAGGCAGAAUGAGGAAGUGAAUGAAAAAGACAACUGCUCUGCAUCCAGCAUAUCCUCAGCAAGCAGCACUUUAGAGAGGGAAGAGAGAGAGGACAAGUUAACCAGUGACAAUGAAGCUGGUCCAUGGUCGCAGACCAUUCAGGAUGCUGGUGUGAAUGAGCAGUGCAGCAACAUCCUCAACAACAAGCGGUUUAUGCUGGACAUGUUGUAUGCGCAUAACAAAAAGCCCAAGGAUGAAGAGGAGAAGGAGCUGGAGGCGAAGGAGGAAAAGAAGGAGACGGAGGAAAGCGAGGAGUCACUCACUAGCCUAGCCAGUAGGAUCUCUAUCCUUCAGGCCACGAAGCAGGCCAAAGAUGAAAGCGUCAAAAAGAUGGAGAUUGGAAAUCUGGACAACCAAGGCAGCGUGAAAGCCUUUGCGGAAAAAUUCAACAGCGGUGAGCUGGCCAAGGGGACAGCCAUGCCUGAAGAUGAAAUCAGUGAACAGGUCCCUGAGAAAACACCAGCACAGCCAAAGAAGGAAUCUGACUACAUCUGGGAUCAGCUCAUGGCUAAUCCUAGAGAACUUAAAAUCAAAGACAUGGAUUUUACAGACUUGGGGGAGGAGGAUGAUGUAGAUGUGUUAGACAUGGAUAUGGGUCCUGGGGACUCCCUUGUUCCCCCUCCUCCACCUCCACCUUCUUUCCUGGGUUUGCCUCCUCCACCGCCUCCCCCGCUGUUCGGAUGUCCACCUCCACCUCCGCCCUCUGCUAAUUUAUUGGCUCCUCCUCCACUCUUCAGCACUCCUCAGGGUUUAGGGUCACCCCAGGUUUCUAGGGGUCAGCCAGCAUUUAUAAAGAAGAAGAAAACCAUCCGUCUGUUUUGGAACGAGGUACGGCCAUUUGAGUGGCAGUGUAAAAACAACAAACGCUGCAGAGAAUUCCUGUGGUCGAAACUGGAACCCAUUAAGGUGGACACUUCCAAACUGGAGCAUCUCUUUGAGUCUAAAUCCAAGGAACUGCCUGUCACAAAGAAAACUGCUGCAGAUGGGAAGAGACAGGAGAUCAUUGUAUUGGACUCAAAACGAAGCAACGCUAUUAAUAUUGGCUUGACUGUGUUGCCCCCUCCCCGCACUAUCAAGACCGCUAUUUUGAACUUUGACGAAUAUGCCUUAAACAAGGAAGGAAUAGAGAAAAUCCUAACCAUGAUCCCGACCGAGGAGGAGAAGCAGAAGAUCCAGGAGGCACAGCUGGCAAACCCCGACGUCCCCUUGGGCAGCGCCGAGCAGUUCCUUCUCACCCUCUCCUCCAUCAGCGAACUCUCUGCCAGGCUCCAGCUCUGGGCGUUCAAGAUGGACUACGAGAUAGUGGAAAAGGAGGUUGCAGAACCACUUCUAGACCUGAAGGAAGGAAUGGACCAACUGGAGCACAAUAAAACUUUGGGAUUUAUCCUUUCUACUCUACUAGCCAUUGGGAACUUUCUGAAUGGAACCAACGUCAAAGCUUUUGAGUUGAGCUACCUCGAGAAGGUUCCAGAAGUCAAGGACACGGUGCACAAGCAGUCCCUCCUGCACCACGUCUGCACUAUGGUGGUGGAAAAGUUCCCAGACAGCACUGAUCUUUAUUCAGAGAUCGGGGCCAUCACGAGGUCAGCUAAGGUUGACUUUGAACAACUCCAGGAAAACUUGUGUCAGAUGGAAAGACGGUGCAAAGCGUCCUGGGAUCACCUUAAGGCUAUAGCAAAGCAUGAAAUGAAGCCAACUCUAAAGCAAAAAAUGUCCGAGUUCCUUAAAGACUGUGCAGAAAGAAUCAUAAUCCUGAAGAUUGUUCACAGAAGAAUAAUUAACAGGUUUCACUCAUUUUUGUUAUUUAUGGGCCAUCCUCCCUAUGCAAUACGUGAAGUCAACAUCAAUAAGUUCUGCAAAAUUAUUAGCGAAUUUGCUCUGGAAUACCGCACCACCAGGGAACGAGUUUUGCAGCAAAAACAGAAACGAGCUAACCACAGGGAAAGAAACAAGACCAGAGGGAAAAUGAUAACAGAUACCGAUGAAGAAGAGGAUGCUGAGUCCGGCAAGUUCUCCAGCAGCUCCCCCCCCUGCCAGAGCCAGCCCCAGGGGCUGCAGUACGCCGAGGACGCCGCAGAGCACGAGAACAUGAAGGCCGUGCUGAAGACCUCCUCCGUCAGCGGGGAAAGCACCGCGGCGCUCGGGGUCCGCACUCGAAGCCGGGCCAGCCGAGGCCGUAUCGGUUCGUGGAACGCUGGCAACGACGAUUCACCUAACGCAACGGAUGACGCAGCAGAUGAGAUCAUGGAUCGCAUUGUAAAGUCUGCCACCCAAGUGCCAAGCCAGCGAGCGGUGCCUAGAGAGAGGAAGCGGUCACGAGCAAAUAGGAAGUCAUUGAGAAGGACACUAAAGAGUGGACUGACACCAGAAGAAGCCAAAGCACUGGGCCUCAUCAGCACCUCUGAGAUGCAGGUUUGACGUCCCAGAGGUGACGACAAGAAGAGCCGUUCACCUGAAGCACACAGGCUGACAACCCUUCGGUGUGGCAUUGACCUGCCAGCCUCCUCUGCUGCUCCCGACUUCCCAUCCUCUCUUAGUUCGAUUUUAAUAAGCAACAAAAAGCGAACCCCCCCUCCCCGGCCAGGGCAGAAGAAGGGUGUGCCACAGCUCAGCACAACAUCUGGACAGUAACUGAGAAAGCGUGCGAGUGCUUGUAGGUGAAGGCGUAUGGCUUCUUCUCUCGUGGUGUGUUGAUGUGGGUAGGAGGGGGCUCUCUCCGAGUUAUCUGUCCUGUGAGCUGUGUUUACGUUGGCUUUCCUUGUGCCCCGUUUUAGUCAUUGUAAAUGUAUGGCAUUUUGUCAAUGCAAGGAACAGUCCUUAAAGAGGCAAAAUAACUCCUGUUACAGCGACCCUAGUUUUCCUGAAGCAGAUUCAUUAAGCGAAGAUGCACAGUCUGUGCGACCCUGUGGUUCGGUUGGGUUUUUUGUAUUAUUUUGCCACCAAAGAAUGUAAAAAUGUAUGUGUACCUUUGUAUAUGUACAGAAUGAAUGUGUGGACAUGUGUGCGUGUAUCUGUACACACACAGUCAUGGCGUGAAAUCAUGCUCCUGCUGAAGCUAGCUGGACCAUGGUUUUCACUCUGGGGCCUUACCGUUCCACCUGGACAGGAGGAAGAGAAUGUCUUUUUGUAGGAACUCAGUGUUAUUCAAUGGGAUUCACCCUCUGGGGCAGGAGAUGGCCUGCAAUACAAGUGGAAAAUUCAGGAUCCUGAAUUCCUGUGUAUUAGUACACACUCAUACUGUACAUAGCAGCAUGCACAUAGAGGAGAGGACACAGAAUACCUCCCUCGUGUUGAGCUAUGGCUGUACUGUGCAUUUGUACAGUUUCAGAGAGAUCUAUGCCAACAGUUUUACAUACUCGAUAAAUGCAUUCAGAUGCUAAGGUCAAGAAGUUUUGUUCACUUGCCUGUGCCCUUCAUGCUGCUUUUCUCUGCUGCAAGAUAAUGUGGUGGUGAUUUUAUUUCAAAUUAAUGGAUCUGAAUAUGAAAUGGCCCUGCUAAAAGCCUGCUGUGUUUUUGCUGUUCUUUACUCUUUUUUUGUGAUUAGCCUUGAUGCAAGUGGAGAGGGUACCACAGUGAACACUCCAAUAUGUUUGCCCUUAUCUUACUGUUUUAUAACUGACUUUUAUAACUGCCCUCAGCAUGUGUGUUUGAAGAACCUCUAGUCAACUCAUCUGCCUUUAAGUGGAGGACGUAUACAGCAGCAAAGAUGAAUUGCACACAGUCACCCUAGCCAGUGCUGAAGCAUUUUGAAGAGAACUGCAAAUAACAAUAACGUAAAAGGGAACUUUUUAAGCCAAAGUCUGUAUGUGACCAAUUGAUCCUCAAGGGAUGCACAAGAUCAUCUCUUUCCAUUGCCUUAGCCUCCGAGAUUAAGGGUGUGUCUGCACAGCAGUAACAGUUGAGGCUUCCUUCAAGCUCGUUAACUGGGCAACUGAUUAACUAGGGUAGCUAGUUAACUGGGUUCGAUUUUGGCUGCAAAACACACUUGAAAAGUAGGAUGAAUUAGUAGUCUGUGCUGGGCUUCUAAUGCCAUAGCUAUGUUGCUUCUGGCACCCAAGCUAGGUCAGGUACGUCGACAAGUUAUUCUGCUCUGCUCUCAUUAAGGACAGGAUAAUCGCUGAAGAUUGUUCAGGAUAGUUGAACCAAACACAAUAAACCUUUGAAACCUCAGUCAUCUGUCCCAUCUCACUGAGCACAGCAUCCAAGUGAUGAGAGAACCAGGUAGCUGACAACACUGCAGCGAGAUCUGUGGUGGAACACGCUAUCUAUGCUGUCCCUCUCGAUCGUAACAUUUCAUUCCUUUUUUGCCCUCGCCUUGGAUCUUCACGCAUCAAAGUCCAUGGGUAAAAAGUCACUAAUGAGCAAAGGUUCUAAAGGAUAGCAUUGACUUUGAUCUGAUUUUCCCCUCAGCUCGUUAAAAAGUCAGUUGUACAAGUAGGCAGAAGGCAGUAGUUUUGUAAUUAAUAAAAUGCGUUGUGUAUUUGAAAGCUAUGAAAAGGAGGAAGCUGGUUAGGAAAUAGAAGUGGCAUAUCACUGUAAAAUAAGCGAGACCUACAAGCAUCUGGAUUUUAAAGUGGAUGUUUAUGUGCUGCUCACCAUUAUGGACUUUUAAAAUCUCUCUUAAGGAUGCUUAGAACAAAGAAAUGAAGGUAAUGGGGGGUUUGUGGAGGUCUUGGAGGUCGGAAACAAGAGGAAGACACCCUGAAUGUAGCUGUUAUGUUGAAUUGUUAUACUGGUGAAGUGAUAAAAGAAGCCAAAAUGUAACAAAAUACAUUUACGUUGACAGAGGUCCUUAUAUUUGAUUGGAGGGAGAAAAUCAAACAAGUUUUUAAAACUGAAUAUUUUCACUAAAAUAUGCUGAAUGUGCAACGCAGGUGGCUGUUGGUGACCACUUGCUACCAGGAAACAAAUUUGUGUUUCAUUUAGACAUAGUACAGCAUCUGUGUCUGAAACAUAACAUAGCUGGUGAAUUACUAAUAGCUGGGCGUAUGUAUUUUCCAGGAAUUGUGCAAAAAUUGUGCAAAACUUCAUAUAAUCCUUAUCGAGGAGAAAAUUAAAUAUGGGGAGUGGGGUUAGAAUAAGUUCAGGAAAAAAAGCCAGUUUCUUUCAGAUUGUCUGGAUGCAAGUCUCUUACAUGUGAAGCAUGUUAUUCCUUGUCCAUUUUUCCACUAUGUUUGUUUCUCUGGAUUUUUGCCUAAGUUCCUGCUCUCUAUCUGUAAAACCGAUAUCGAUUUUUCUGAAGGAUAUCUUGGUCUUGUUAUGCAGUGGUAUACAGUAAGAUUAAUUCCAGAUUAAUAAUGUCCUCAGUGUCUGUUGCAACUAGAUCAUCAAAGACAGUAACAAUGCAAUAACCACAGAAAAGAUUUCCAUUUUGGUUCAUGAUAAAAACGGCCAGCGGCCCAAUGUGCUAGUCUGUAAGGUGGCAGUAGUUCUCCUGGAGUCUGCUAGCAUGUCCUGACUGUGGGAAUAACAUUUGUUCCGCUUCAUCUAACUAGUGGAUUCCAGAUGAAAUGGAGGAAUUGGUUAUAUCUGCAUGCCAUUUUCUGUCUGUCUAUUCAGGUUGUAGCCUUCAGGAUUUGAGUUGCUGCCUGCCCCUCCAUCGUCAAAAGAGCCCAUCACAAGGAUGUAACAGUUGUUUUAAAAUGCGUGUGAGAGAAGGAUCGUUUUUGCGACAAAUAUAAAGGUCUUGGAAAGACGAUGUAGUAACGCACGUUCCCAUUUCUCACUUAGAGAUCCGUGAAGGCUGGUUUUAGCCACUUGCAGCCAUGAUAACUACCUCUCUUCUCUUUUUCAUAGUACCAGUCAGCUGCAAAUGUAGCGCCCAGACUUUUGUGUCUCCACCAAGCUCUCAGAGUCGCUGCUGGUGUUCGUUUCAGCACCCAUCUGCUGCCAAUAACUUGUCUGUCUACCACCAUAAUGCCUUCCUGAUUUGGAUGCCGAGGUAAACUUUAGCAUAUGAAAUGGCCGCCAAAGGGAAGCUAUCCUAAUUUCCUUUCAUCUCCCUUGGUGUUUAAAAGGAGACUGCAUACAAAUACUUUGUAUUCCCUCGCUCCCAACUGAGGGAUAACUUUCAGUAGCAGUUAUGUGGCUGCGGUGAAGAAACACCCCCAGGGAAUGCUGUGUGCCACAGUGGAGAGUGAAAGAUCCCUCACAAAAAUUAAAUUCAUCACUCUUCACCUCUCAGUAAGGCCAGGCACCAGGCUCAUGGAUUCCAGAUGUUUUAUAGCCCCUUGGCUGCUAUGUGUGACCCUUCUGUUUGAUAGAUCCCUGUCCAUAAUCCAAAAUCAACAAAAAAAAUGGUGUUUUAAUGAGGGUCUUUCUUGCUCCGAUAAAUACUGGGACCAGCGUCAAAAGCAGUUUUCAAAAUACAUUUCUUUUUCUCUUUUGACCCCCUUUUAUUGUAAAUCUCUGUAGUGAUUGACUCUGUCAGCAAAAUGAGGCAUCAGAUUUGUAGAUAGACAAGACUUUGGCUUUAGCUUCAUAGAAAGUCACAUGUGAAUAUCUAGAUAAAAGUUCAUGUCCCGAUUUAACAGAAAUUUGGAGCCGGAGUUUUGAUGUGACUGAACAGCAAGGGGCUCCUGCAAGGUGCUCCAUUCCCCCUCAAGGUACUAGAUAACGUAGCAGGAACGGCACCUUAAACCCUCGGUGUGCCACUCUCUAAACACGCCCUGGCGAACGCUAAAAGCCAUCGAAAAGUCACAAGUGAGGGCUACAACACCUACUGCAAACCUAAGGGGCUCGACGCCGCUGUAGGUGCAGAAAAUGGUUCCUACGCCAGCAUCGCCGGCAGCGAUGACAACGGCAAGCGUCUCUCCAAAACGCUUCAGAAACCGUUUGGCCGACGGUAGUGGUCCUAAUUCGGGUCAUGGUUUUUACAGUGCUUUGGUUUCACUGAGGUGAAAUGGGGACAAGGUGGUCGCCUACCAGCUCCACGUCCUCCAUCCUCCCGCUACAGCCGGUAGGCAGGCGCGCGCGCUGCCUGCCCUGGUCUGAGGGAUGCGCAGGGACGUGGUGUCGGGCGGAAGCACGAGCGUAUUCCUCUCCCUUCGUACGCUCGCUGCGCGCGUACCGUUCCUCUCGUUAUCGUCGAGGCGGGUUGCGCGUCACUGUUGAAAAUGAAUUGCAAACGCUUGAACGACGGGUAAGGCCCACCUUGCUUUUUUUUUUUUUUCGACUGGGGCAGCAGCUGGCUCAGUUGGCGUUUCAGAUGCGAUCCCAAGAAGUUUUUGGCAAGCCGUUUAAUAGUUACAUGGCAAGUAACGCGAGGAGUUUCAGAGAUGUUGUAUAGUUUUAUGUUUACGCAAAAAAAAAAAAAAGUUUAAAAUUAUUUCCGAUUAGUCCAUUUCACAUCGAGUGGCAGAUAGAGAUAUAUUUUGUUUAAUCACUAUCUAAUACAGAGGCUUCUGUGAAAGAAAAGGUUUAUUUGUAGCAUUGGGUGCAUUUCUCCUUUUUAAAGACUGUCUUUGCGCGUAUAGUGUCCUUUUUUUGUGAGCUGGGAAUUGUAAAAAAAUGUAAAGUAGAAAAGGACGUGUUUCUUAGACAAAGGAGAAAUACUGUAAAAUUGUGUAAAUGUCACUACUCGUGUUUUUUCAUGUUCUGUGUAGCAUAGUGUAAAAUAGGCUUUCCGGCAGUGUUAUUCUGUGAAUUGUAAUUUAAAAAACAAGACAUGCAUGGUCAGAGAUAUUAUCUACAGGUCCUUUUGGUUGAGUUUUUGGUUUUGCUUGUUGUUUUCUCAUUUUAGGUGAAUUCGUUUUAUGUUAAAUUUGAUUGUCCAUGAAACUGCAUUUUUGUUUCUCAGUUUUAUUUCAUAAAGAACUUGAAUUACUCUAUAAGAUUUUAUUACACACGACGCUCACCUACCGUUUGUAUUGCUCCUUCAAAAGCUUUGUCACAUUUAGUGUAAACCAGGGGGAUUUUCUUUUUAACACACCCCUCAUCUGCCUCUUCUGCCCCCACUCUCCCCACUUUGCUGUCUGGAAAGAUGCAAUCACACCAUUUUUUUUUUUAUUUUUUUUUCCUGUGCCAUGCAGGGUCACUAUGGAAAACUGACCACAGACCUGUGUCCAAAAUUUCUUGAUAUAAGUAGUUAAAAAGCUCACCUCUACAGCAUUAUGUAAACACAUCUUGCAAUAAAGCUUUAUAAAGCA